AUGAAACAGAUUACAAAAUAUAUCAUCAUUAUUGCAUCAGUAAUGACUGUAGAAUUAAAGGUCACUGAGAGCAAAAAUGAGACGAAGCCUAUCAUUGACAGGCGUUAUUAUCAAGUUCCCCUCUUCAUCAAUAUCUGUGACAUUGAGGAUCGACGGUCAAAAGUUCAUUGCUACUGCGACAGUAAUAAACCUAAAAUGGCUACGAGAGCUGAUUGCUGGAUAUUCAGUGGGGGUUUAACUGAAGAAGAUCCAAUAUGGCCUAGUUUUUCUUCUCAAGCUCAAAUUCAACAUUUAAUGUUCAACGUCCGAUCAGACGAUGCUUUAACAUUUAUUCCGGCUAAAGCUAUUAUAAGACUUGAUAAACUCAAACAUUUGUCUAUACAAUUUGGUACAAUAAAUAAAAUACCACCAUACGCUUUUACAAAUUCCUCGACCGUAAGACAGAUAGUUCUUAAAUCUAACAAAAUUACUAAUUUAGAGAAGCACUCUUUUUCACAAUUAAUGAUGUUAACUAAUUUAACAUUAGAUGACAACCAAAUAUCAGAAUUAAAAAGAGAUGUAUUUUUUAAUUUGCCGAACCUACACAUUUUGCAUUUAUCCAACAAUAACAUAAGCCUCCUUCAUGAAGGGUGCUUUAAACACUUAAACAACUUAUUAGAACUCAAUUUAGACUAUAACUACAUAUCGGUUGUAACAAGAGAAAUGCUAGAAGGCCUCGAAAAUCUCUCUAGAUUAAACUUGAGAAGCAAUAAACUGGCAAUGAUCGGAAAUUUGGCUUUUAGCGAGUUGUGGGGUUUAAAAGAAUUGAUGCUAGAUAACAAUGCUAUAGAAUACAUUUCAGAGAGAGCGUUUGGAGGACUUGCUCAAUUAAGAAAGUUAACGUUAUCAGGAAAUAGGUUAAGCACCUUUUACGAAGAUAUUCUUGAAGAUACACGAAACCUUGCAGUAUUAGAUCUAAAGGACAAUUUAUUAACGUUUAUGUCUUAUGAAACUGUUCGAAAUAUUGUAGAAAAUGAUAAAUCUGUAUCCUCUGUUGUAUAUUUGGACGGCAACCCGUUUAAAUGUAAUUGCCGGCUAUCCUGGAUCUACAAUCUGCUUAAUGAGACUAAGAGCAGUGAAAUGAAGGAGGCACUUGAAAAAGUAUCCUGCGUUGAGAACAACGACAGACAUUUGAACGUUCAUAACAAUGAGGAAGCUGAGAAUGGAAACGUUUUAUCAGAUGACAAUUAUGAGUACUAUGACAAAAAUGAGGAGUAUUUAGAUAGAGAGAAACCAAAGUUGAACAAAGCAAAAAAGUUGACUGACCUACCUUUGGAUUCACUUCCUUGCCCGAAAGAAAUUUUACAAUCUGUUGAAGAAUCUUACGGCCAGCCGAUUCAGAAUGAAAUAAGACUCAAAGCUUUUUCUGAAGUUGGAAGAAGUAUGCCCAAUUUUGUUUUUGUUUUAACUGUAAUCAUAAUAUUGUUUUAA